AUGGCUGUCGACGACUAUCUCUUCCGCGAGACAGACUCUCUCGUGCUCCCUCCCAAGACCCUCUAUCCUCUCUCCAUACCUGUCGCGCACUACCAGCUCCGCCAUUACAUCUCCUGUGACGAACAAGACAUCCUUUACUAUGCAAGCGGCCAGGAUGUCUUCGCCCUGAACGCCGCCACCCGGCGGCGCACGCAUAUUGCGACCGUGCCCUUCGAGACGAGAUGUACCGCCUCAGGGCAUGGCUGGCUAUGCCUCGGCGGCGAGGAUGAGGGCCACUUUGCCGCCAUCAAGCUUGAUGGCGGCGCCUCCCUGGCCGCAGAUGUCGACGCCCUCUUGCCGCUAGAGCUCGGAGGUCGUUCUGGGCCUUCGUCAAGGACGUCGUCGCCUAUUGUGAAGCUUGAGAGGAUCGGAGAGGAAAUAGUGAACUCAAUAUCCAUACACAAGUUGGUCGGUGAAGGAGAGGGCGCUGAAGAUGAGGUAGUGGCGGUCCUCACCAACAACGACAAGACUGUGCGCAUCUACUCUUUGUCACACGGCCUAGAGGAUGCGGUGCUGGACCUGCCCUUUCCGAUGAACCAUGCUACCAUAUCGCCGGAUGGACAAAUGCUGGUCGCUGUCGGUGACUAUCACCAAGCCUUCUUCUUUGAACGUGUCAAGAAGCAAGUAUCGCCCUCAAGCAAGCCGGACACCAGAGCCCGCGCCGCACCACCAGAAUGGAGAAAUUUUUGUGUCUCGCAAUUGCACCUCCCGCCCACGUCGACCACGACAGGUUAUUUCAGCACCGCAUGGUCGCCAUCGGGGAACCUCUGCGCGGUCGGGUCAGAGUGUGGCUACAUCACGGUAUUUGAUACGGAGCUACUGCAGCACUGCGAAUACGGGGAAGAUGCCAUAGUACAAGUCAUCUGCUCCACACGACCGGAUAGCACACACGGCCCUGGUGCGGUGCGGACAAUGUGCUUUUCGCCUCAGCCAUGGGAUUUGUUGAUCUGGAGCGAGGAUCAGGCAAGAGUAUGCGUGGCAGAUCUCCGUGAAGGCUUAUUGGCAAGACAGGUUCUGAUUUUGGAUCCAAAAGAAGAAAACCUAAGCAAAGUCGAGGUUCCGCUUGUGGAUAUCGACACGAGCCAAGAGCUUGCCCGUCUUCAAGAGUUGAGCCAGGAGGCCGAGUUCCUGAACCGGUACCGACGCGCACUAGCGACGCCAAGCGACGAGCGUGCUUUUCACGUUGCCCAGGGCUAUAUGGAGGCAGCUGCCGAGCGGCGGCGAGCCCAGCUUCAGGCCGGAGAAGCCGAGGCUGAAAACGAUCCAAAUGGUUUUAGUGCGGAAGAACGCUCGCUGCUCGACGCUCUCAGGACAAGAGACCAUCGCAGUGAUAGUAACCGCGAACGGGAACGGCUGGGGACGAUACCUCGCAGCAUCAAUUACAGCGCCGGCACAGCGAACCUGGGCGACAACCGCCGGUCCGGCCUUCUUGUAGGGGGAGAAUUUCCGUCUCUCACUGAAGCCAGGAGCGCUCUUCAAGAAAGAGGAGGUCUUCCCUCUCUAGGCACGCUCAGGGAUUUUCUGCGCGCUAUGCCUGGUGAGCGUAAUGCGGACAUUGAUUUACCGCCUUUCCAGCCACGCCGACAGGCUUCUCGCUAUCUGCCAAACCCUGCCACUACUGCUAACGAGAGAAACACUACAUCCGAUCCCUGGCGUACCAUCGAAGCGGCCAUGUCCCGCAGUCCCGAACCCACGUCGGCCUCGGCCUCGCGACCCGCGGGCGGCGCCGGCACCGGCCCGAGCAACCCUCCAACGCAGCGGGCGGAUCCCCUCGUCGAGAUGAGCCGUCUCCGUCAACUUGCGCGCGCUCGCGAAAGGGUUCGCAGCAUGCAAGCCGCGCGGGGGCUAGGCGACGACUACGGCGUCGGCCUGUUCAGGAGAGCCGUCCACGCCGGGCGGUGGAAUCCUGGACUCGGCGUGCGCACGGCAGGACUGGCGAUGAGCAAGGACGGGCGUAAGCUGUGGGCAGGAACGGAGGAGGGCAUCUUUGAGUUUGAGAUUGAUGUCAGGGGGAGGAAGGGCUGGGGCGCGGUGCAGCCCCGAUGA